UCUCUUUAAAUCGGUUCCCCUUCAUGUCCAGUGGGAUACGGGGCCAGCAGCUGGAAAUUUUGGUUGUUGAAGAACGAUCCACGUUCAAAAAGUUCCAACUUCUGGGAAUCAUAGGUUGAAGAUCCAUCUUCGUGCAUCAUGUCUCGCCCACCUGUUCUCGGGGUCAACUUUGGCCAAUCCUACGCUUCCAUCGCUGUUAUCGACAAGGAAGGUCAUCCUCUGUGUAUUGCCAAUGAAGAAGGAGAGAGACAGAUCGCCUGUGCGAUCUCGUACGCUGGAGAGGAGGUGUACAUCGGAAACGGUGCCAAACCGCACUUGGUGAAAAAUGGCAAAAACACCAUCAUGGGAUUCCGAAACCUCCUAGGUCACACUUACGACGAGGUCGACCAUACGGCCAUUCUCACUGCUCCUCUGAUUCCUGACUCCAAGACUCCAGCCUACACCGUGGACGUUCUUUUACCUCCUACCAAGGCUCCGACCCCCGCUCCGCGUUCAGCUGCUCCUUCUGGAACAGCGACGCCCAACCCUGGAGCCAACGAGCCGGUCCCAUCUACAAAGACGUUGACAGUCCCCGAAGUCACUUCUCUCUUCCUCUCCACCCUCCUUGGAUCCGCUACCGACUUUCUCGGUGUCAAACCGACUCAGUGUGUCAUUUCAGCCCCUACAUGGUUCACCCCAGCUCAGCAGGAGGCCUUGAAAGCGGCGGCGGAAGACGCAGGAAUGCAGGUCUUGCAAGUGCUCGAUGAGGCUGCGGCUGUGUUGGUCGGAUACCGUGUAGGACUGAGCGAAGAGCGAAAGGAGCGAGGCUUGUUGGGUCAGCCCGAAGAAGGUUCUGCAGGGGAAGAGGAAAAGCGAGACAAACGGGUCGUCGUGCUGGACAUGGGCGAGACGAGUCUGAGCGUUAGCGUGGUUCAAGUGUCAGAGGGUGAAUACACUGUGCUCGGUCGCGGACGAGACGACAAGCUUGGUGGAAGAGAGUUUGACGACUUGCUCCUAAAACACUUUGCCAAAGAAUUCAGCAAAAAGACAAAGGUCGACCUUGACCUGCCGUGUGGAGAGAACGCAUCGGCCGUUGACAAGCGAGCCGAGGCAAAGCUGAGAUUGGCAGUCGAGCACACGAAGCGAUCACUGUCAGCUUCAAGUGGUGCUGCAACUUGCGCAGUGGAAUCCCUCAAGGACGGAAUGGAUCUGUCCACCGCCAUCAACAGAUUGCGUUUCGACGGUCUUGCGUCUGGUGUUUACAGCAAGAUUGGCCAAAAACUCGUCUCCGUCGUCGAGUCAGCAUCUCUCGAUCUCAGCCAGAUCGACGAGGUGCUCCUUGCCGGUUCCUCUACCCUCUUCCCUGGUCUUCAAUCUCACCUCGCUCUCCUUCUCCCGCCCACAACACCCGUCACUGCCGCCAUUGACCCAUCUCAGGUCAUCGCGAUCGGAUGCGCCCUCACAGCACUGCAUCUCUCAGAACUAGAAGACGGUCUCAAGGUCGACGAUGUCCUUGCUCUCGCUAAGGAGCCAGUUGUCUGCACAUCCGCUCCUAUCGGUCUCGUUGUUCCCGGCUCAGAAGAGUUGAUCAAAAUCAUCUCAGCGGGUGCUCCCUUACCUGUCAGACGGCGUGUCGCCAUUCCGGUCGAGCAGGGAGCUUCGCAGGUCGGCUUUGAGCUCUGGGAAGGCAAGGAUGAAGUCAAGGUGGAAAAGGUGGAGAAAGCACCCGUGGAAAAGGAUGAGGAUGACGAAGAUGAUGAUUACGAGGAAGAGGAUGAGGAGGCAAAGACUGCCAUUACCGUCAAGACCAAGGCGCUCGGCGGACUUCAGGUCGACCUCAAGAACGGAGGCAAUGUCAUCUUGGAGAUCAUUGUGCAACGAGGAGGUGACAUCGAGGCGAGAGCUUGGGAAGAGGGUCGAGAGAGCGAGGCAGACAAGCUCGCAUAGAUACAUU